AUGGCUUUGUCCAGCGAUCAGCCCGCCUCUCCAUCUGCCGCUGUAGAACGCAAUGCAGCCCUGACUCCCUGGAAGUACUGGCUGCGGAAGUGCAAAGAGCUGUGUCCGCACCUGGAAGACCUAACCCCAACGCAUCAGUCGUCGAAGAUCCGUGUGCUGAAUCACAUCGGGCAAGGGGGACAUAGCCGCGUGGUCCAGUAUUCAUGGAGCAAUACCGAAAUCUGGCGCUACAGCAGAAUGGGCUUCCGGUACAUGAUCAAGACAGCAGACCCCUUCGUCGUCGAAUGCCGCGCAUACGACGCCCUCAUUGCGAAAGGCCUGAACGGCAAAGCAACGCCGUACUGCUACGGCUGGUUAUCUGUAGACGAUACGAUAGAGGAAACCCUUCAAAAGAAGCCCUUCUGGGUUCCGUUCGCGUGGGAUCGACCACCGGAAUCCGUCACCGAGCCUCUGCAUGGUCUUUCGUUGGAGUACGUCGAUGGCGUGGCGGUCGAUAAUAUACAAACGCAACUACUGACGCCGGACAUUGCUGAGAGUUUUCGUCAGGGGUUGAGGAUGAUUCAUACUGCGUCUGUGUUGCAUGGUGAUCUGAAGCCCGCGAACAUGAUGGUUACCAGCCACGGCCAGGGCAAGAAGAAGGGCGUUUGGAUCGACCUCAGUGUUUCCAUCAUACCUCCUCUCAUAGUCAUCUCGGAGGAAACCCACGGUGAUGCGCAGAGGACGAAGACUAUCGUCCUAGAAUAUUUCUUCAGCCAGUUGGAAAAGUUACCUGAGAACAAAGACGUCGUCUUGACCACAGCAGAUAUACCAUCUCUUCUCGGGGGGCCGAUCCCAGACAGAUGGUUCAUAAAAUACGGUUUCAAGUUGAUGUUCUACGAGAGGGGCAUUGAUGUCAAUACUAUCGAUGGACCUAAGGGCGACUGA